CUCUCAUCCCCUCUCUCUCUCUCCUCGCCUUUCUCUCUCUCUCUCUCCUUUCUCUCAGUCUCUGUGUUUUCUCUCUGCGAAAAAUCCCAAAUUCCGCUCCAAUUUCCCUCCAUUCUCUCUCUAAAAGUCCCGAAUACGCACAGAGCAAUGCGUGAUCUUUCGAUUAAAUGCAAUUUUGAGUUGUAACGACGACGAUUUGUCUGAGUUAUUGACUCACUACUACUGAGUUUUCAACCGGAAAUGCUCGAGGCAAUGGAGAGCUCCGUCAAUGGGGGCGGAUUCUCGCACUUGCAGAGUUGCGGGGACAGCAGUGAGGAGGAGCUGUCGGUGCUUCCCCGCCACACAAAAGUGGUGGUCACGGGGAAUAACCGGACCAAGUCGGUGCUUGUUGGCCUCCAGGGCGUCGUCAAGAAGGCCGUCGGGCUCGGCGGGUGGCAUUGGCUGGUUCUCACAAACGGCAUAGAAGUGAAGCUUCAGAGGAAUGCCCUUAGCGUGAUUGAAGCUCCAACUGGUAAUGAGGAAGAUGACGACCUUGAUUUCGAGAAUGUGCACUGGAAUGGAUCAGAUAUGGCAUCCGAUGACACUCAAAAGUCCCACAGAUCAAGGCACAGGGUGCAUAAAUCAUCUGGAUCAUCUCACAAGACUAUGUGCAGAACUUUCUCUUGUGAUUCACAAUCCAAGGGUUCUAUUUGUACUCCCCGAGGGUCCACGAAAAUUGACCUUGGGAAACUGGAGAUGGCUGCUUUAUGGAGAUAUUGGCGACACUUCAAUCUUGUGGACGCCAUCCCUAACCCAUCGAAAGAGGAACUAAUUGAUGUUGUUCAAAGGCAUUUCAUGUCACAGCCAAUCGACGAGUUGCAGGUCAUUGUGGGGUUUGUUCAGGCUGCGAGGAAACUAAAGAAGUCUGUUCGCAAAUGACAUGGAGAUCGGGGGUCUGAGAGGUGUAUGAGUUUGGUAAUCGAUGCUAACAGAAACCUGAACCCAGAUAGAUAUCCAUUUCCCUUUGGUGAUAUCUGUAACAUAUAUGUGUAUCCAGACUUGUUUAUGCUUAAACGUCAUCGGUUCGUAGGCUAGUAAUUACUGUCUCGAGUUGUAGAGAGGUUGUUUUAACCUUUGGUAGAUAGUUUAUGUAGAUAUUGUAAAACUGGUGGGAAAAGACUUGUUAGAAGAAGACCCCUGUGGCUGUGGCUUUCCUUCUAAAGCUUGGACGAAUGUUUGCUAACUGGGGAAGUGGAUUUGGUAUUAGAAUGUAAAUAUUCUUAGCUCUCAACUCAAAACAUCAUCUUUUCGGUCCCUUUUUAUCCUCGCUCGAGGAGUUCAAAAUCUUGGAUGUUACCGAUUGUA